CUUUCACCGUCUUCAUCAGCUUGUCUUUGAAGACUCCGUAAUGCGCGACUCUGGUUUUGGGCACUACAUCAGAAAAUGCAUUUAGCUGUCGCCGCAUCAACAUCGACCGCCCUUCUCCUCUUCUGCCGCCGCCGCCUCUUCUUCCCCUCCCGCCUCAAAUCCCUAAUUUUAUCUUCAUACUCAUACUCAAGGAGGUUGAACUGUAAGCCUACGUCUACCUCGGCGGGGGGUCCAUUAUCGGAGUCCAAUCUGGAGAAGCGGAACCCGAAUUCACAGCCUUGGCUUAUAGUCGGCCUCGGAAAUCCUGGAAAACGGUUCAGUGGCACUCGCCAUAAUGUUGGUUUUGAGAUGGUGGAUACAAUAGCUGAAGCAGAAGGCAUAUCAAUGAGUAGUGUUUCUUUUAAAGCCCUCUUUGGAAAAGGCUUUAUUGGAGACGUUCCGGUUAUACUCGCUAAGCCUCAGACUUUUAUGAAUUUAAGCGGUGAGUCUGUUGGAGCAAUUGUUUCAUAUUACAAGAUUCCUUUGAAGCAAGUUCUUGUGAUUUUUGAUGACAUGGAUUUACCUUUUGCAAAGUCGAGGUUAUUGCCUAAGGGUGGACAUGGAGGACACAAUGGGAUGAAGAGUGUGAUUGAUCGCCUAAAGGGAAGCCGUGAUUUCCCUCGUCUGAGAAUUGGAAUCGGAAGGCCGCCGGGGAGAAUGGAUCCUGCUAGUUAUGUUCUUCGCCCAUUCAAUAGAGAAGAACGUGCAGAGCUUGAUUUAACAUUACAAAAUGGCUUGGAGGCAGUGAGAAUUCUAGUACUUGGGGACUUUAACAGAAGCGCAACAUUUGUUAACAGUGCCAGACCAUUGCAACAAUUUAAAUAGUACUCCUACCUAAAUUAGUAUACUCAUAAUGUGGGUAGAAUUGUAGAAACCAACGAAGGUUCAUCACGGACAUAUACAGUUUGAUCUUGUGGUAGCACCACAUUUGAAUUCAUUGGGAAAUAUACAAAUAUAUAUGGAGUAGUAAAGCUUGUGCUUCA